CAUCUGUGCAAGUUCUCGAUCAUUCCCCGCAUAAGCAGCGUUACCCCCAACAGACCCCGCCUCACACCCCUCCUUCACGACUUCCAAUAGGAAAUUGUCAAGGUUGAAUGAACAAACCGCAUGACCGGUCAGUGUUGCCAUGAAGGUAAUGUUUUUCGUCCUUUAGCAAUGCAUAUCGAGUGCGUACAAACACCGAACUCGGACGUUUUGGUGGUACCUCCCCUAUGUAGCUACUGUAAAUACCACAGUAGGAAACAGCACGACGUCAUUCGUCACUGCCCGACUUCGUAUAAUAACACGAGUCUUCGACUCGAUCAACUUUAGCUUCUCGAUGCUGGUGAGGCCUAUAUCUAGCCAGGCUUUCAACGUUUUUUUCGUUCAAGCACUCAGAUAUACAUCGCAUAGAUCGUGCGUUCGAACAAUACCAUCGCAACGACUCACUGCUACGCUUGGAACGCGAACUAUGGCCACCUCAUCGAGAGUUCAUCUCACCACCAGUCCGAAUGCUGCUUUCUCUCUACCGGGAAUCAGCACAGAGAGCGCAGAGAAAGCUAGCGAGCUGUUGCAAAAGAACCAUGAGAACUUCCACAUUUUUUUCAACUUCAAAGGGUUCCAUAACCAUAUCGUUCACCACCUUCUCACACUCUUUGCCCUAAAGGCUACCCCUGAUGAGCUUCAGAAGGGAUACAACAACAAUGCAAGUUACCAGCGUCCCCAAGAGCCACUUGAAAAGGAGAUCGUGGAAGACAUGCAGGACCCAGCGAACUAUCGCAAGUAUCUCGGCAAGGAGAAAUACUACCACGACUUCGUAGCCUUCUUCCAGGGCGAGAUCGACAAGAAAGGCUGGCAAGCCGUACUGAACGAGUACGUCUUCAAAGGCGACGAGCGCGCUGAUGAUAUGCUCGUGAGAAUGUUCGCGGGCUUUCUGCAUCCUCUUAUCCAUCUCGGUUUCGGUGUUGAAUUUGAGCAACCGGUUAUUAUUGCAGAAGCUCUGGCGCAAGCUGCUGUGCAUGGGGACUGGAUCGGCCAGUUGUUCUAUGGUGCCGAGAAAGAUCCAAAGACUACGGACGGGGGUUCUGGGAAGAGCAUUGUCCAGCUCUUGGAGGAGAUCAGAGCGGAUAAGGAGCUAAGUGCUGCUGCUCACUAUGAUGAUGACAACAAGAUCCGCAAUGGGAUUCUGAAGCGGGCUCCCGAGCAAAUGUUGAAGUAUGCAAGGCAGUACCACGUUUCUGAGGGUGACCUCGAGAAGAAAGUUGCUGAGAUGAUCAACGCUGCUGCGUACUUCACCGGAGCCGCACAAAACCCUCCCCACCAAGUCAAAAUGGACUUCUUCCACAUGCACUGCAUCAACAGCAGCAUCUUCUUCUCCUCCUUCCUUAAACAACCGUGGCUCUCUACCCCCAACAAGAUUCGCCUUCUCGAAUGGAAGGUUCGCGGAGACCUCGCUCUGUACGCCGCUUGUGGCUGCGCAAAGCUACUCGUUGACGAAAUCACGAACUACAAACCCUCUCAUGGUGUAGAUGCGCCAUGGGACGACGUCUUCGAGAGAGCAAGGAAGUUCCCCGAUGACGGCCAUGUAAGCAAGUUCAUUAGAGCGCUGGCCAACGGAGACAAAGUAUGUAGGAAGUGGGAAGGCGAGGAAGGAUUCAUGAUUAAGGGUGAUAUGUGGAGGCUGUUGGCGCAUAUGGUAAUUGACGCUGUGGAGGCUGGAAUGCCACACUGGGUCAGGAAUGCCGGGAUGACGAAGGCGUGGGAAGAGGUCCCUCUGAGGGAUUCAGGAAAGCUUUGAGGUCGUCGUAUCAAGGUAUCUCGCAGCCGUACAGGAGGACCUUUCGGGAAGUUCGCACAGGCACCUGGGGUCUGAGGGGUGCUGAUGGUGACUGAGACUCGACUUAAGCUUGAUGACCGAUGAGAAUGAGUAUUCGAUACCAGACAUGAAUAUUGAGACAUCAUGUACUUUCGCAUGGGCUUCAUCGACAAAUCCAGAUGGUUUCUUCUUAC